AUACUAGGCCGUUCCUUCCAGAACUGUGUCUGGAAACUUCAGCCUCACCUCAACUUAACAAAAGGGGAAAAGAAGAAUCAGAUGAGACCACGAGGCUUUACUGAGGUCACCGAACACAUGCAGCCAAGCGCUUCCAGAAUCAUUUCCACGGUAAGAGAGGCAGAUCUCAAUCUCUCCCCAAACGCCUAACGCUGCUGCGGGAGAAACCACAGAGGUAAUCGUUCACGCUCAUUCGUCCCAGGAGAAAAAACAUUUCGAGCCGAAGGGGUCCCCUGCUGCUGGGUUUCGUCUCGGGCGCUCGCGGUGUUCACAAUUUCACUCGGCCUCCCGCUGAGAGAAAAACGACCCCACAGGGAUAAAAACCAACUAAACCAUGACGCCAUCACACAUCUUCACAAUACCAUCUCUGCUUUUGCUUUCUGGAGCUCUGGUACUUUCUCAAGACUAUGAAUAUACUGAUUUCGCUUACGGCACUCCACCUGAAGUUCCUCGACUUUCUGUACCUGAUUACAACGCCCAAUUAGUGUAUUCAUACGAAUGUGCCAGUGAGUGUUCCUGCCCCUCUUUCUACCCUAUUGCCAUGUACUGCGACCACCGAAAACUCAAGGCGAUCCCCAACAUCCCAAGUCACAUCCGCCACUUGUACAUUCAGCAUAACGACAUAGAAGAGAUAACUUCAAAGCCUUUCAUUAACGCCACAUCCCUGAGGGAAAUCAACCUCAGCUACAACAAGCUCCAGUCCUCUAAGGUGGAUAAAGAUGUCUUUAGCAUACUCAAGGAAAUUGUUCAAUUACACCUUGAGCAUAAUAACCUGGAAGACAUUCCUUCUCCUUUGCCAAAAACCCUUAGGAGGCUUCAUCUGGGCUUUAAUAAAAUUUCGAAGAUACCAGCUGACGCCACACGCGAGCUUACGGAACUUACAGUGCUGGAUUUGUGCAGCAACAGACUAACAGAUGCAGGUAUUAAAGGAAAGAUCCUAUCUGGCAUGAAGAGCCUCAUGCAAAUCAACAUGUGCAACAAUAAGCUCAAGUCCAUGCCAGCAGACCUUCCAGAAUCGAUCCAGCAGAUAUCGCUGGAAAACAACUCAAUCGCUUCCAUACCUGAGGGUUACUUUAAGAAGACUCCUAAUCUUUUGUCUCUUCGGAUGUCACACAAUAGACUCAGAUUCAUUGCAUACAGUGCCUUUAACCUGUCCAAACUGAUGGAGCUCCAUUUGGGUCACAACCAGAUCUCUAAACCGUUCUUUGUUCCCAGGACCUUGGAACAUCUUUAUCUAAAUCACAAUGACUUUAAAGAUCUAAACGUCUCUCUGAUGUGUCCAUCUCUGGACUUUGGCAACCCUAACAUGCUGACCUACAUUCGCCUCGACAACAAUAAGCUGAGAGGACAAUUGGACUACUAUGCUUACAGAUGUUUCCCAAGGCUGAUAAUGAUAUUUUAUGGAAACCAAAGGAAGGAUGAUGAAGAGGGCUCUGAAACCAAAAAAUCUGAAAAACCUGAACGACCAAAGGCAACAAGGCUAUCGACUUGAUAGAUUAGAUCAUUUUUGAGACACGUCACACGUAGUUCAAAGCACCAAACUAUUCAUUAUUCGAAGUAUGAGAAUAAAGAGGAUUUAUAACAUUGAAAGAUUAUUGAAAAUACAUAUAUCAGUAACUUUAAACAUCCAGUUCCUUGCUGCUUGAACAUGCUAUUUGAUUUUGUGCUUGCAUGGUUAUGCAUCUCAAUCAGCAUAAAAACUGAAUUGAUAUGUACGGGAAGUCCUGAUUUAAAGUUUGCUUUAUUUUGCACAAUGUCACUUUUCUCCUCAUAAAUACGACAUUAAGCAUUUAUCUACAUACUGCGUUGCAAUGCAUGUAAAUUCCUGCAAAUGCAAUAAAUAAAGCUAACUGAAAUUACUGUAAAUGCUA